AAAACAUCGUUUCAUUUAAGGGUGUACGAUGCGCCGAAUCCGCCGACGCCGCUAAACCGUUACGAUAAAAACCACGACUACGACGACGACAACGACGACGACGUUCGUGCGUGCGUGCGUGCGGUUCGAAUCCCGGUCCGAGUUGUUCCGUUCGUGUUCGCCUCUAGUGCAGUGAAUGCAGUUUUCAAAUAUUCAAAUGAGAACCAGAAUCGUAAAAAGAUCGGCGCUUAGGUGCGCCGCUUUGAAGUGUCUGUGUGAACGGAAAAGUUAGAUUUGGCGGUGGAUGUUUUUGACGGAUCGACCGAUUUGAUUGUGCUUUGCUGGUUUGGUUUGGUGGGUUUGUCGUUCAAUCGGUGCAUUCGCGGUGUCCUGUGACAUGCAGUCUGUCGGCAGAAACAGAGUCGAGUGCUAAGGUACGGAACGACGGAAUGGGAAAGAAAAUAAACAGUGCUGAAUGAAGGCGAAGAAAAGUUGUUUUGGUGGUAUGAAUAAUAGCCGCGAAAAAGAGGCCUCGACGCGGGAAUGUGUGGCCGUAAAUCGGCGCUAAACGUGUAACGGGAAAAAAAAGCUUCGUCUCAACGCUCGGAGAAGAAGAAGAAAAUAGAAAACACUUCAUCAGGCGAACGGAGAAAAAAAAAACGGGGCGAAAAGAAAAACAACGGCUUCCCUAAAGAACGCACCAGCAGUGCCCGGUGCGGAGGUCGGUGGAGGAGGAGGAGGUGGAGGAGGAGGAGGUGGAGGAGUAGUAGGAGGAGGUUUCAAGCAGGUGGCCUCCGCCACCCCGACUUCCACUUCCACUGCGGCCCCCUCGCCCGUCGCCCCUCCCGUCGCUGCGCUCCCUGGCCACCGAAUGCAGCCGACCAUUCCGCAAAGCACGGGAGGCAGUGAUAUGGACCUCCCUGCAGUGCAGCCUAUGGAUUGGUUGUUCAAAAAGGAGCGCAUCUAUCUGCUAGCACAGUUUUGGCAACAGCGUGCCACGUUGGCGGAAAAAGAAGUGAACUCGCUCAAAGAGAAACUGUCGACCACGACGACGACGACGACGACGACGAACAGCGCCGGCUGCCCCGACGAGACGGCCAUGGACGUCACCAUCCCUCCGGCCCUGUCGCUGCCACUGCCCCUCGCCCUGCCGCUGGCCACGACGACGUCACCGACGCCCACCUCAUCGCCGCCCUCGAUGAUGGUCGAGCAGAACGGCGUUGCGCCACCCUCGCCCUCGACGACGCCCGGCUCGGAGAGUGGCAGCAUUGGAGCCAACGGCCAACGGCCGGACGCCGCGCUCAGUCCGUGCGAGAAGCCGACCGGAGGAUCGCGAACACCGACGACGACCGAACCGCGCGCUCGAACACCGGAACUCGAUCGCAAGGCGCAGCAGCAGCUGGAGCUGGCCGCCCUCACGCACACCCUCAACAACAACUGCAUCGGCAGCAGCAACAACAAUCACAGCGGUGGCCACCAUCACCACCACCUCCACCACCGGUCGCCCACUCCGCCCCCUGCGCCUGCCUCGACGGUUACGUCCACGGAGAAGAUGGAGUGUGAAAGUGUUAGUAGUGUACAUACGGCGGGCGAAGAGGCCAGUUUGAAGGCGAGGGAAGGAUCACGCUACGACGAUGGCAAGGAGGACGAAAUGCACACGGGAAACGGGGAGACUUCAAGUAGACCUCAGAGCAGUGGACUGGAGGAGCCGAAGCACAGCAACGACUCGUCGAAGGACCCCGUACUGGAAGGCAGGACGAGAUCGCUGACCGAGGAACUGUCGGCCAAGGACAGAGAGAUAUCGCUUCUCUUCGAGGAGGUCGGCCGGCUGCGGACGGCCAUCGCCAACAUACAGGAAUCGCACAACCUGCAGAUCCAGCGGCUCGAGGACCGGCUGGAGGAAAAGCGCCAGCACAUCGUGCGGCUCGAGUCGCGCAUCGAAAAGCAGCAGGACUUUGACGAUAUCAAGAAGGAAAAUAGCAUGCUGCGUUCGGUUGACCUGAGCGCGUCCCACGAGUCGAAACAAUUCCAGGAGCUGCUGCUCGAACGCACCAAAGCGCUGGCGGCGCAGACCGAAGCAAUCAAAUCCUCGUCGGCCAACUCGGAAGGAUCUCCACCAACAAGCGGCUCCAAGGGCGGUGCUGGUGCUGGUGGUGGCGAUAGUACGGCCGGAAGUGGCACUGCCCCUUCGGCGCAACCCACCCAACCCCUCUCCCCGCCGGCUGCUGCUAGCAACAACAGCUGCAGUAGCAACAGCAGCAGCAACAAUAGCAAUGCCAGCUCUAGCAACAACAACCACCCCCAAAACAGCACUAGCUCCAGUACGCCCUCUAGCGAGCUGGCCAGUAGUAGCGAGUCGCGAAGCGUGCCGUCGCAUGAGUCCUCCACUAACACCAUCACUCCUCCGACUAACUCCACCCCGCUGAUGGCGCUGGCCGCCGAGAUUAACAAUAACUGCUCGACUGCUGCUCGACCCGCGUCCUCGCCGUCCAUGGCCGGCUGUCCGCCGCCUCCCCCACCCCCGCCGCCACACCUGUCGCAAGCGUUGCUGCACUCUCCCGCUCCCGCGCGCUCUCCCCAACCCCAUCCGCUUCGUCCGCCGUCGUCUUCCGCCGCCGCCGCCGCCGCGCCACAACCGCUCUGUCCGCCUCCGACCACCCCGACGCCAACUCCGACCGAUCCGAUGGCCGGCCUCAGCUCGUUUCUCGGUCCGCCACUGCAGAACGUGGAGCAAUUCGGAUCGUUCCUGGGCGAGGAGCUCGUGAGCAGCUGGCGCCGGGGAGGACUGGACCUGCCGCCUCCACCCGGGCUGGCAGCCGCGGCCGCCGCCGCCGCUGCCGUCGCCGCGGCGGCUCGCAAUCCGGCCUUACUAAUGAACCACCAUCGUGUUGUUGUUAACUCGCCCCCGACAGAUCUGGCCCCGCUGGCGCACCACAACUCCGCGUCCACCCCGCUGGACCACGACAAGCCCGCCAGCCACCACGAGCUCUCGUCGUCCGCCAGUACGCCCGUGCCGCGGGAGGACUCUUCGCGCCACGACGAGCGCCAUCUCAACGGUGGCGGCGGCCUCACGCCCAUGUCCGUCUCCAAGAGCCCGCUCGAGGACAACAACAACAGUCUGGCGGCGCUCAGCCGGCUCGAUGGCUCGGGCGGCCCCGGAGCGGGCGGACUCAUCCAGGGGCUGCCGUUCCAGUUCCAGGAGCGGGGGCACUUCCGGUUCGCUGAUGCCUCCGACAUGCAGAUGCCGCCCGGCUCGAUGGUGGGCCGGCUCGGCGACUCGCUCAUCCCCAAGGGCGACCCGAUGGAGGCCAAGCUGCAGGAGAUGCUGCGCUACAACAUGGACAAGUACGCCAACCAGAACCUGGACACGCUGCACAUUUCGCGGCGCGUUCGGGAGCUGCUCUCCGUGCACAACAUCGGCCAGCGGCUAUUCGCCAAAUACGUGCUCGGUCUCUCGCAAGGCACCGUCUCCGAGCUGCUAUCGAAACCGAAGCCGUGGGAUAAGCUGACGGAGAAGGGCCGCGACAGCUACCGCAAGAUGCACGCCUGGGCAUGCGACGAGAACGCCAUCAUGCUGCUCAAAUCGCUGAUCCCGAAGAAAGGUGCAGAACCCGGAAUGCCAUCGUACGGUCGGCCGGACGGAGAUCUGAACGACGAUCGCAUCCAGCACAUCCUCUCCGAGGCAUCGAUGAUGAAGCGUGGCGAUCAACCGACCGCUCAGCAGCAAGCACACCAUCAGCAGCAGAUGCGCGAACAGAUGCAACUGCAGCAGCAACAAUUGCAGCAACUGCACCUCAGCGGGCUCGAUGACUCGACGCAGCACAGCGACAAUGACUCCAAAUCGCCGCACAACCGCGACGUCCACUCGCCCUUCUCCAAAGAUUAUCUCAGCGGGCGCAGUGGAAGUGCGGGCGGGCGGCCUAAGAAGUACGAGAACGACGACUUGCCGCAGGACAAGAUCACCAAGAUCUAUCAGGAGGAGUUCUCCAAGCUGAUGCGCAGUCCGCGCGAUUUUCCAAACCUUCUAUUUCCACAUUUUCUCGGCGGAGGAAUGCCUCCGAUGGACAGGCUGCAGGACGACAACAUCCGCAUGGCGCUCGAAGCGUACCACCGGGAGUUGGCCAAACUGCAGCAAAACGCCACCGCAGGCCUCCCCGGCAUGCCCGGGGGUAUCUCCAACCUUCCAAACUUCUUGGCACUCCAGCAGCACCAGCAACAGCAGCAGCAGCAGCACCAACAACAAUCGCAGCUACCGUCGCAAUCGUCGUCACAGCAACCAUCGAACGCCGCAUCGCAGCAAGCGUCACAGCAACCUUCGUCACAGCAUCCUGCGACGACGGGACUGAACGGUGGUUCCGCACAGGACCUUUCGCUUCCGAAGGAGAAGCAAUCGGCGCUGGCGAAGCUGAACGGAAGCAUGUCCGACGCCGAAUCGGACGCUGACAUGAGCCAAAAAGAGCUGGACGAGAGCAUGAAGCACAGUGCGUUCAGUCUGGUCAAGCCAAAGCCUUCGGAACCGUCGGGUAUGUGUACACCGACGACAACGGCUUCCUCGGCAGCCCCAAGUCCCAUCAGCAACAGCAUCCUGCCACCGACGAUAACGCCCACGGACGAUUUCUCUGUAGCCGCCAGUCCGCUGCAGCGGAUGGCAUCGAUCACAAACUCGUUGAUCACUCAGCCACCUGUCACGCCACAUCACACCACCCAGCAGCGCCCGCUCAAAGCCAUCCUGCCGCCAAUCACGCAGCAGCAAUUCGACCUUUACAACAAUCUCAACACGGAGGACAUUGUGCGACGAGUGAAGGAGUCCCUCUCGCAGUACUCCAUAAGCCAGCGGUUGUUUGGAGAGUCGGUGUUGGGCCUUUCGCAAGGUUCCGUGAGUGAUCUGCUGGCACGACCGAAACCCUGGCACAUGCUGACCCAGAAGGGUCGCGAACCGUUCAUCCGCAUGAAGAUGUUCCUCGAGGAUGAGAACGCCGUGCACAAGCUAGUCGCCAGUCAGUACAAGAUCGCACCGGAAAAGCUGAUGCGCACGGGAAACUACAGCGGAACACCUCAGAUCCCCGGGAUGCAUCUGCAGAAGUCGGGCAUGCCACCGUCGAUGCCGAAGAUGUUGAGCGACUCGCUUACGAAACUGCAACAGGAUCAGCAAAAGACACUGCUUCAGCUGCAGAUCUCUCAAAUGCAGCAACAGCUUCCUUCGGCACAAGCUGCCGCCGCCCAGCACCAACAUCAACUGGCCGCCGCAGCAGCCGCCGCUGCCGCCCAUCACGCGGCUCAAGUCCAGGAAGUGCAGCGCCACAACGCCCAACAACAACAACCGCCCUCUUCACAGGCUUCCCCGCUGGGUCCACAGAACGCCUCCUCCCAGCAGCGGCCACAGCAGCCUUCGCCACAGACGAUGCUCCUGACGCCACCGGGCAUUCCCCCGCAGCAUGCCAUUGCCCUGCAGGGUCACCCAGCAGGACCGCAGGAGAAAAAGUCCUCCAUCAUGAUGCCGAUCCACUCGCCCGUCCACCAGCAAGGUCCUCCGGGAUCCGUCGGGCAACACCCGUCGCAACCUGGCGCGCCCAACUCCAUGCGGGGCUCACUCCACCAGCACAUCUCUCCAACGGUCUACGAGAUGGCAGCACUGACCCAAGACCUCGACACGCAGGUCAUCACGACCAAGAUCAAGGAAGCCCUGCUGGCUAACAACAUCGGACAGAAAAUCUUCGGUGAAGCCGUGCUCGGAUUGUCCCAGGGGUCCGUCUCGGAGUUGCUCUCGAAACCGAAACCGUGGCACAUGCUGAGCAUCAAGGGACGUGAACCGUUCAUCCGCAUGCAACUCUGGCUGAGUGACGCCAACAACGUCGAACGAUUGCAGGCACUCAAGAACGAGCGAAGAGAGGCGAGUAAGCGGCGUCGCUCGACGGGGCCCGGAGGGCAGGACAACAGUUCCGACACCUCGAGCAACGACACCUCCGAGUUCUACCACUCCAACUCGCCCGGACCGGGUUCGGUAGGGUCGGCUACAGCUCCACCAAACAAAAAACAGCGUGUUCUGUUCUCCGAAGAGCAGAAGGAAGCACUCCGGCUUGCGUUCGCCCUCGAUCCGUACCCCAACGUGCAGACGAUUGAGUUCCUGGCCGGCGAGCUUGGACUGUCCACGCGCACCAUCACGAACUGGUUCCACAACCAUCGGAUGCGGCUAAAGCAGCAAGUCCCUCACGGCCAACCCUCGGAGCCGAUUCCAUCGCGAGAGAACCAAACCGGCGCCCCGUUCGAUCCGGUGCAGUUCCGGGUCCUGCUUGGCCAGCGGCUCAUGGAGAUCCAGAAGGAACGUCUCGGCCUGAGCGGAAUGCCACUUCCUUAUCCGCCUUACUUUGCCGCCGGAGCUCCCACGGCCAACCUAGCGGCGCUCAUCGGUCGAGGAUUUAUGCCGGGCAGUGAAGCGGACCUGGCCGCCCUCAACAAAGCCGUCAGCGAGCAGAUGAGUGGGCUCGACCUGUCGAUGCAGUCGUCCCUGAAGCGCGAAGGUGACGAUGACUACGAGGAGGAGGCUGAGAACGAGGAGGAAGCGGGCAGUGGCCACAUGAGCGACUCGGAAUCGAUGGACGGUGGUGGAAGUAGCAAGCGAGGUGGCGAUGAUGACGACCUCACCAAGACCUCCUCCCUCUCGUCGUUGGCCAGCUUGCAGGCGAUGUCCCGAAUAAGCCGCCGCAAACCAGCCGCCCCGCAAUGGGUCAACCCAGACUGGCAGGAUCCGGACAAAAAGACCACAACGACGCCCUCGGCGACCACGGCAUCGACCACGGUGGGCUCGAAGAAGGACGCUGGCGCCACGGAUUCCAUCAUCAACGGUGUGUGUGUCUUGCAGCCGCCAGACGGCGUACCCUCCGUGCAGCAGCGAUUCGCGGCGGCCAUGGCGGCUGCAGCGGCGGCUGCCGUUGCUGCGGCGGCCGGCGCCGGAGCGACUGUGCCUUCCCACGACCAGGACGCCGAUCCGACGAGUGACGCCGACAACGACGACGACGACGACGAUGCCAAAUCGAACCACUCCAAACACUCCGCCUACAACCGAUCGGACGCCGGGCCGGACAACGAUCGACCACGGGCCACCUCGCUCGAGGAGUCCGAAUCGGAUGUUCCUCCGCCCCGGACCGACAGCAUACACACACAGGGCGGUGCGGAGGCUUUGAGUCUGGAAACGAACGGAAACCGAUCGGCCACCGCCAGUCCAGGCUCGAAUUCGGUGACGGUCAAGCGCGAGAUCCUCGAGGACACGAACGGCGAUCGGUGGGAUGCGUACUAA